UUAUAGUCCGUGGUUUUUAGUAUUUUUCGGGCUUGUGGCUACAGCUGUUUUUGUAAUACAUUUCCCAUUAAUUGUAUUUUUGUGUAUUCCAUAGAAAAGAAAACUUUGCUAGUAACCAGUGACCACCUCCUUAAGGCUUAAACAUAAAUGAUAACAAUACAGUACAAUCUUGAAUCUAUAGAUUAUAUCGUAGGUAUAAUAUAAUAGAAUCAUUAAAUACUAUGAAAUUAUUGUAUGCGAUUGUCCAAAAUUAUUUAUUCUUGAAAACUUGGUAGGUAGUUACAACAGUAUAAUAUCCGCAUAGAAUUGCUAUUUUCCGAUACUGUGUUUUUAUGUGUACAUUGUUUUUGAUUCGUCCCAAGUGUUAUUAAUAAUGGCUGUAGCUGGCGAACCUUUAAAUUUAGCUAAAGAUGUCAAACGAGCUAUUGAACUAUUGGAAAAGCUUCAAAAAACUGGAGAAGUACCUGUAACUAAAUUGGCAGCAUUACAGAAAGUCCUACAAAGUGAUUUUCUGGCAUCAGUCAGAGAAGUUUAUGAACAUGUAUAUGAAACUGUUGAUAUACAAGGAUCUCAGGAUGUCCGAGCAUCAGCUACAGCUAAAGCUACUGUUGCUGCAUUCGCUGCAAGUGAAGGUCAUGCUCAUCCAAGGGUAGUCGAGCUACCUAAAACUGAAGAAGGACUCGGUUUUAAUGUAAUGGGCGGACGGGAACAAAAUUCUCCAAUUUAUAUAUCGCGCAUAAUUCCUAGUGGUGUGGCUGAUAGACAUGGUGGUUUGAAGAGAGGCGAUCAACUCUUGUCCGUUAAUGGAGUGUGCGUUGAAGGUGAAAAUCAUGAAAAAGCUGUUGAACUUCUAAAACAAGCUCAAGGUUCAGUAAAGUUAGUUGUCAGAUAUACACCUAAGGUGUUGGAGGAAAUGGAAAUGAGAUUUGACAAGCAGCGAGCUGCACGGAGGAAGCAACAAAAUUAAUUGUUAUUUGUAUAGCAGUAUUAGUUGACAUGUAAACUCUUUAAUUACAAUAUAGUCAUAAACUAUAAUUAAAUCCACAUAAAAGUGUUAACAAAUGACAUACAUUUAUAAAGUUAUGGGUUAAAUAUAAUCGAUUUCUAGUUUUUUGAUUAA